AUGGAGCUGGAGAAGCGCUUCAAAGAUCUGGAUGCACACUUCCAGCGCUUUAAUGAAGUUGACGCACGUCUUACCGAGGUUACUCAAACCCUCUCUUCCCUUGGUGAAGUUGUACGACAAGUCACAGCAACUCAAGAGGCAAUCAUGAAGAAGAUCACUGACUUGCCAACUUGCCAGUGUAUUGAAUUAGUGGACGAACCCGGACCUUCAGACGGCAAAGAAAAGCCCGGUGAAUCGCCUAAAAAGCGGACGAAACUUGAGGUUGCUGUUCAGUCGGCACUGGAAGCUGCCAAAGACGUUCUUCGACCACCCACACCACCACCUCCACCUCCUAUGGCGCCUCCCCCACCAAGGGACCAGGAAAUUCUCAUCACCGCUGGAGCUCCAGGCUCGGAGGCGGAGUCCAGUGGAACUGAGGAUGGUGGUGGUGACCCUUCAGCCGAUCCCGUCCAAAUCCCACCAGCGGUUGACUCCAGCGCGGGUCGAACACUGCAACGCAACAUCGCUGGUCAUCGUCUAUGGCGAUUCGCGCCUUUCAACUUCGAAAAGUACCCUGGCAUGCGGAUGAAUGUGCCGCCGGACAAGACAGCCUGGACGGUCAGUUUUCUGCUCCGCAAUUGUAUCACCAAACCAUUACUUGCCUUUGGCAUUCCUCAGUCCUUACACUUCUACUGUUGUAAAGCAAAAAAUCCAUUGUUAGUUAAAGAUUUUUUUACCAUAGCUCUGUGGAGCAUUCAUUUUGCGCUUGAUAAUUCGCUUCCAUAUCCUCUAAAAUACACUCUUCAAACAGCCAAAAGGAAACGAUUUUCGUAA